GGUUCUUUUAGUGCAAGGGGACUGUAACACUUUGGGUUUGAUUUGACCUUAAAUCUGCAGAGUAAUCUCACCUUCAAGUGGGGCAAAUACCUAUGAACCAAACAGCUUUUGGGUUUGGACCACACAUGAUUGGAUCCAUUCAAAACUUACCCAAAGUUCCUAAGCCGAAAGAUGCAUUUGCAGAAGAAUAGCCUGUUAUCCUUUGCCCUAUAGAUUUACCUUGCAUUGAAAUAUCACAAUCCUCCGGCAAACAGAUAAUAGCCGUGUCUGCAAGUCACUGAAGGGUUCAUAUUUGCAUAGCUUAGUCGAGACUUGGAAACAUAUGGAUUGCAAAUUGCAACGCAUGAGCCAGAGCUGGGCUGCAGCGUUGCGUGCCCAAAGUCUCUUUUUCCUAAUCUUCACUCUGUAUGAGCCUUAGCAUGGACCUAAACCAUGACAGGGCCCUCGGUAACAAGGUUUCCAAUAAGCCGAAAACCUGAACAGUUUCGCAUGCAACCGCCAUAUGCAGUUGUACCAAAUAACAAAGUAAAAAAUGAUUGAAAGUGAUGGAGCAACAAACUGGAGGAGCCUCCUUCAACACCACUCAUGGCCACCAAACAAGCUCAAAACAGUUAAAAUACAAUGACGAACCAAUCAAACAAUGCCUCAACGUGCCUAUGCUUGAAUCGGUUUAUGAAAAAUGAUGGAAACACCAAACCUUAAUGAUUGUUUUUUUUUAUACCGAUACUAGCUUUAAUUGCUGAAACUCAACGUGGCAACCGCAGCAAUUAGGUAUCUUGCUGACAGCUGAUAAAAAGGAAAAGUUCAACACUUGAAACAAAAGCAAAAACCAUUUCUUUUUCCUCACUCAAGAUGAUACGAAGAUUGAUAACAUAAUAACAACCCCAUGUUAUCAAAAACCCACAAUUACCCUGUAAGGAGGAUGUACUAGCAGUGCCCGUAAGGUGCUGGAAAAGGAAAAAAGCCAAGGACGAAAAUGCCUCCUGAAGUAUCUCAUUCCCGUGCCCCUCAGAUCACUCCUUCGGUUCAAUUUUCUAGUACUACAGCCUCAGGUACCAGCCCCAAAUUUGGGAGAGCAACUAGAAGGAUGAAAUUCCCAGGAAAGAAACUACUCCCGGUGCUUGUUUUCAUCCUGUCAUGCCUUUCCAUUCUCAGGCUUCUUAAAAUUGCAAUCACUACUUCACAUUCUUCAUCUCCAGCCGCUGAUUUUUCAUCGUCCCUCCAACAGGAGUGUUCAUCUCCUUCUGAAUGCAGUAAGGUUCUGUCAAAUGCACCAGGGGCACAGACCAGUCCACAUAAAACCUCCCCCAAUGCAACCCUUCUCACCCCAAAGGAAUUCAUGCUUCUUUCAAAUCUCAUUAGCCGUAAAGCACCUUGUAACCUCCUUGUUUUUGGUCUUCAAUCCCAAUACCUCAACCUCUCAUCAAUAAAUGCAGGAGGCAUCACUCUUUUUCUCGAGGAUGACCCUUACAAGGUAAGUGAAAUCAAAGCUGAUUCUAAUGGGACUCGAAUUUAUAAGGUCAAGUACCGGGUACCAGCUAAGAAGGCAUACAAGCUGCUCAAGCAUGCCAGGGAAAAUCCUGCUUGCGAUCCUAGUACAAGUCUGCUCCAACAAACAACUUGCAAAUUGGCAUUGAGAAAUUUACCACAAGAAGUGUAUCAGCUUAAAUGGGAUGUCGUGGUGGUGGACGGACCAAUUGGGGACGCACCAGAAGCACCAGGCAGGAUGUCAACUAUCUACACUGCUAGCAUGUUAGCCAGAGCUGGGAAGACGACUGAUGUUGUAGUACAUGACAUUCAUCGGACAAUUGAAAAAUGGUUUUCUAGGGAAUUCCUGUGCGAAGAGAACUUGGUUUCUGCUAAAGGAAAAUUCUGGAACUUCAGGAUCUCCGAUCAAUCAAAUGCUACAAGGUUUUGCUCUUCUAAGACGAUUCAGAUAGAGUAAUAGCCUUCUUUUUCUGCAGCAACAGAACAAUCAGUGGCACCAUUGCUACAGUUCGGGCGUCCUAAAAUCUGUGAAUAAGAUACGAUUGAAUUUUACUUUAUAAAAAGAAAUAUCACCAAAAUCAGAGUGCCGCAUCCAGGAUAUAUUAGGUCGGAUGUCAUAUAUAAAGACAUAAUUAUCCCCUACAUCGUUACGAGUGGAAUUCAGGCUCAAACAGGCAAGAUAUUUUAAUUUUCAGCAUUGGGAGAGUGCAAGUACCUGGAAUUGGAUACUUUGUUCAUGUGCCAUGCAUGUAAAUGAAGAACAAUAGAUGCACACGGUCCGUCAGAAUUGGAGAGUGUUACAGCCUUGUUGCAUAUUUUGUUCAUAUGCG